ACUCCACCAAGAGGACAAGUCUUUGCCCCCAGUGUCAGGUUAGCUGAGAAUGCGUUUGUCCAAAGCCCUAGCAGACAUGGAGAUGGCAGACUAUAGUGAGGCCCUGGACCCAGCCUACACCACCCUGGAGUUUGAGAACAUGCAAGUGCUCGCCAUGAGCACAGACUCCUCACCAGCUGAGAGUGCCAACAUGAACACUGCCAACCACCUGGGUACAGGUACCCUGUGCGCCAUUUGUGGGGACCGGGCAACUGGCAAACACUACGGAGCCUCCAGCUGUGAUGGCUGCAAGGGCUUCUUCAGACGCAGCGUACGCAAAAACCACAUGUACUCCUGCAGGUUCAAUAGACAGUGCAUAGUGGACAAAGACAAGAGGAACCAAUGCAGAUACUGUAGGCUAAAGAAAUGUUUUCGAGCCGGGAUGAAGAAAGAAGCUGUACAGAACGAAAGAGACAGAAUCAGCACCAGGAGGUCCAGCUAUGAAGACAGCAGCUUACCAUCCAUCAACGCACUCAUCCAAGCAGACGUCCUCUCCAGACAGAUCUCCUCUCCAGGACCCAUCAUCAAUGGUGACAUCCGAACAAAGAAGAUGGCCACUAUCACAGAUGUCUGCGAGUCUAUGAAGCAGCAGUUGUUGGUGCUAGUAGAGUGGGCCAAAUACAUCCCAGCCUUUUGCGACCUCCCUCUGGAUGACCAGGUUGCUUUGCUGCGAGCUCAUGCAGGGGAACAUCUCCUGCUUGGAGCUGCCAAACGCUCCAUGCUGUAUAAAGACCUGUUACUACUAGGUAAUGACUACAUAAUUCCUCGGAACUGCCCAGAGCUGGAAGUGAGUCGGGUAACAGUGAGAAUUCUCGAUGAGUUGGUCCUUCCUUUCCAGGAGCUCCAAAUAGAUGACAACGAAUAUGCCUGCUUGAAGGCUAUCGUAUUCUUUGACCCAGAUGCCAAAGGUCUAAGUGAUCCAAGCAAGAUCAAACGGAUGCGAUACCAGGUGCAGGUUAGCUUAGAGGACUACAUCAAUGACCGACAGUACGACUCAAGGGGACGAUUCGGGGAACUUCUCCUUCUUCUGCCUACGCUGCAGAGCAUCACCUGGCAGAUGAUUGAGCAAAUCCAGUUCGUUAAGCUGUUUGGAAUGGCCAAGAUAGACAACCUCCUCCAGGAGAUGCUUCUAGGAGGCUCUGCGAAUGAGACCCCCCAUGCUCCUCCAUCUCUACACCCACACCUGGUCCAGGAGCACCUCAGCAACAACGUCAUUGUGACUGCCAGCAUGGCCACUCCAGUUCACAAUGGACAGAUGUCCACUCCUGAAACUCCAAUCCCUUCUCCUCCAUCAGCCUCCAGCUCUGAGCACUACAAACUGGCCCAGGGGGUCAUAGCGACGGUGCCCAAACAGCCAACGGCCAUCCCUCAGCCCACAAUCACCAAGCAAGAGACCAUCUGAAUGCCAUCACGAAACAAAGAAUAUGGUGUAUUGUGGAUUAGCACUAGCGAACCACACUUCAACAAGAGGCUGCUUCAUAGAUUCUUGGACAAAAAUUAGGUAGUUAUAAUUUGAAGUAGCCAUCAGCAAAACAUUUAGUAGCAGUUUGCAUUGGUCUCUUUGUGAAGCAUUUGCUCGCGGUACGAGCAUCUGUAAAACGGCAUAAUGUGUAGUAUGUUUCAUUUUUCCUCCUCCUUUCUUGUAAAAACAAACGAAAACCCUUAUUGAAUAUAAUGGCAUGUAGACCAUUAAGAAGUCCAAAACCUCAGGAGUGAACAGUAACUAUACUGUGGAUGAAGCCUGAUAUUACAAAUUCAACCUCAUUUAUAGACCAAUGUCUUUCUAAACUAGUGGAACAUAUUUAUACUCCCCUUGGAGACAGAUUUCAUUGAGUCGGAGAGGACGAUUAGCAGAGUUUUUUUCAGUUGUUAUUUUAAGAAUAAUAAAUGUUACAACAAGGCCUUGGUAAGAGUUAGAUGUUUAUGUUGUACAGUAUUUUAAUGAGCAACAUGACCUGACUGAUUUCUACAGUACUUAAGAAUAGGCUACAUAACAUUGUUUGUGCCUUGGAAAUUUUAUAAUUUGUGUAAACUGCUCAUUAGGUGUUCAGAGUUAUAUGCAUCUUGUUUUUUUUUCCCCUCUAAUGUAUUAUAGAUGAAUGUAAAUCUCAUGGCUUCUGCUUUUUCUUGUGAACAGAAAAUAUAUAUUGUGACAGACUUUAUAAAAUUAUACAUAUGUUCCAGAUAUCCACUCUUUGUGUCUAUUGGGAUGGAAAUGUUUAAAUGUAUUGCUUUACCCCAGGUCUCCAUUACUAAGGAGGGAUAUCUAUUUUCUGUGAUAAUAGCAAAGAGGGUGCGCAAUACCGCUAUGUUGCUUGUCACUGAAGUAGGUAGCCAUUUGUUUGUAUGUGUUAGGAUAGGCAUUGCUGUUUGGUGACUUCUGAAUGAGCAAAAAAAGUGCCUUGCCAUGCCUUCAGGGAGAAGGGUGAUUUCAACCUUGCAAUGUGAACUGAUAUUAAAUGUCAGGGUUAUAUUUUUACAUAAACAUGUGCAGCCUAUUUAUUUUAUAUUAUGUAUAGUAUUUUUAUUAGGUGAUUCUUAAUUUGUUCACUAGGGCUGCCAAGAUUCAUGUUCUCCAUGAAUCAGCUUAUAGAUUAGUUUGCUAUUUCAGUGAUAAACAGGGUGUCCGCAGGUCAUUAUAACUGUUUGCAGAUUCUUCACAAGCACCACUGAAAGAGAGGAAACCCACACCAGCAGGAUCCCACAAAUGCAAAUAUGUUUUUAGUUAUAAAAUUCAUGUACAGGAAGUUAAAUUUGUUGUUACAAAUUGCAUGUAUGAGAAGUAAAAGGCUUUGUUUAA